AUGACCCGGUGGGCUCUGCUGGUGCUGAUGGUCCUCGUGUUGGGCAGGGUCCUGAUUGUCUCAGCGACCCCCGUCCCAGCUUCCAGCUCCCCCCCUCAGAACUGUCCGCAGCCCACUCCCUGCCCUGUGGCCUCAGAGAAACCCCCAGCUGCCACGACCACAGGCCCCUCAGCUGCCAGGGGCUCCCCCAGCCCUGGCCUCCGUGCCCGUCCCCGCAUCACCCUCUCGCUGGAUGUCCCCAUUGGCCUCCUGCACAUCUUGCUGGAGCAUACCCGGAGCAGGGCGGCCAGGGAGCAAGCCGCCGCCAACGCCCGCAUCCUGGCCCAUGUUGGCCGCCGCUGA